CCUCGUUCCUCGUCGGGAGAAAGAGGGGAAAAAAAAACUCGGUGAAUCGAACUCGCUGCUCGUCCAAAGGUAUCGUUUCCAGGUUUCCGUUUCAGCUAGCUACGUUCCUGGCGGCGGCGGCGAGUCUGAAGCACGGGAGCGAUUUAAUAUCACGCCCACAAGCCAGGCGCGGGAGUGAGAACGGGCUGGCGCGUGCAAUGGGGGAGAAGAAGAGGCGCGCAAGAGGGUGUUUCGCGCGACAGAGAGAGAGACAUUCGCGGCUGUCCUCGGCGGUGGGGGAGCUCGGAUAUGGCAGCUAGGCAGUCCGCUGUUUGCCUUGCUGGGGCACGGGCCGUUCCUCGAGCAAAUCUUGUCGGUUGUAUCGCUGCUUGUCGCGCUGUAUUCACGACAAACUCGCAAUAUAAUACCUUUUGUGGGAUACACGGUAACGGAAAAAGUUACGAGGGUGGCUCGCGGUGACACGCGGAUUUUUGGUAACCGCGUACUAUCUGUGUCGGGGGUUGCAUUCCCCGGGAACGGCAUGCUCAACAACAUCUCCGCCGGCGGUUCGGUACACGGUAUUUCCGGAGCGAAGGAUCUUCAUGCACAGGACCUGAAGAGGCACGAGAAGUUGGACGGCGUGCUGGGAGUGAAUUUGGGGACCGGAUUGUCUGCCGGCGGUGGCCUCACGCUACAUCAGGAAUUAAUCAUGACCAUGCCUGGCACGGGGAACGCGGCAGCGAUCGGGCAAGGCGAUGACAAGCCUGCCAAGCAGAAACGGCACCGAACGAGGUUCACACCGGCCCAGCUGAACGAGCUCGAAAGGUGUUUCAAUCGGACCCAUUAUCCGGACAUCUUUCUCAGAGAGGAGAUAGCUGUGAAAAUCGGCCUCACGGAAAGUCGAGUCCAAGUGUGGUUUCAAAAUCGUCGAGCAAAGUGGAAAAAACGGAAGAAGUGCGGCCCAGUUUUUCGUUCCCCACCGGGUCCGUUGCUGCCAUCGCACGGCUUACCCCCGUUUGGACCGAUGAGCUCUGAUCUCUGUGGUGCUGGUAUGUUUAGCGGACCUCCUGAAAGAUGGACAAUGGGAACAGGUCUUGGACAACUGGGACAAGGAGGAAUGGGAAUGAGUGGUUUUGGCCAAAGUUUAGGACAACUUGGUCAGCAAAGUACGGGGAGCCUCGGCUCGAGCUUGGGUCUUGGUAAUUCUGGACUCCCGAUCAGCAGUCCGUCGCAAGCCGUCUAUCAAGCCAGUUAUGGACUGAAUUCCCUUGGGGGAGUACACGUGUCUGCGUCCCGAGGCUCGCCUCCAGGGGGGUCCAGCGUGGGCGGUGGUCAGGGUGGUGGUCUAGGAUCGGCCUUGAACUGCGGGCAGGGCUCGCCUGGGACGACUUCCGGGAGCGGAGGCGGUGGAGGUGGUGUUUCCUGCGUGGCUGCCGAUGUGAACGCGACCGAGGCGUCGGAUUGGAGAGGCGCGCACAGCAUCGCGGCGCUCAGGCGUCGCGCCUCGGAUGCAUCGCAGCAAUACAGUCCACAGCCACCGCCACCACCCGCAGGACCUCCCCAAUAUGCCCAGGACAUGGAGUACAAUUCCGUUUACUGAGGCCCAGCGAGUUUCGCUCUUAAUUCUACGAUAAAUCCUAUCGGGGAAAUGUUUCAAGGAUUCCCUUCGUGGAUGGUACCGAGCGGUCAACAUGCAGGGUAGCGGGUCGGAAAUAACGAGAGAAGAAAGGACACGUUGUUCUACGAUAUUUCUCUCUAACUCGUGAUUGUCACUGAGAGAUUUGCCACGACAUAUGUACAAUUUUAAUUUUCAAUGAUUUUAAUGAUUGAACGAAUAUUCGUGGCAAGGGAUUCUGUCCAUCGAUAUCACCGAGUUGUUAUUUUCAU